AUGACCGUAAGCGCUGCAAAAAUCAUCAGCGACGGAGUAUUCAAGGUGGACGGGGGGUCCAGUUUCGGGUCGGUACCCAAGAUGAUGUGGGAAAACCUGGUAUCGACGGACCGCAAAAAUCGGGUCACAAUGGGUCUGAAUUGUAUGCUGGUGGAGUGCGCUGGCAAGAAGAUCAUCGUGGACACCGGCGUGGGCCCCAAGGAUAACUUUCGCGACAAGGAAAUGUACGGCCUGGUCCCCAGCCGGUUGAUGCGUAGCCUCAAAGGUCUGGGUUUGGGUCCGCGAGACAUUGAUGCGGUGGUCCUCUCCCACUUGCACUUCAGCCACGCCGGCGGCUCGACCCGCAUGGACCGCCUGGGUGACAUGGUGCCCUCCUUCCCCAAAGCGACCUAUUACGUUCAGCGGGCAAGCUGGGAAGACGCGCACAACCCCUCGCUGCGCAACACCGAGGCAUUCCGGGUGGAGGAUUUCUCUCCGAUAGCGGACCGGGGGCAGUUGGAACUGCUGGAUGGGGACACCGAACUGUUUCCCGGCUUUAACUUGCUCGUCACCCAUGGCCACUGCCUGGGACACCAGAUUGCGGUGUUCACCUACGGAGGCGAGCGCGUGGUGUACCUCGGGGACCUCGUCCCAACUCCGCAUCACCUGGGCUUGACCAUAAUCUCAUCCUUCGACUACGAGCCCGAAACCACUCUGGAUCAGAAGCGCAUCGUCCUGGCGGAGGCUGAGCGUCAGGGGCACCUCCUGGUGUUCUCCCACGGUCACGAAACCCGGGCCGGCUACCUGGAACGUCGGCAGGAUAUGAGCUACCUGCGUCCCGUGGAGUUUUAG